CUCAGAGAGACAUUUCCCCGUAGGGUGAAUGGGACUUUGAGGGGGGUUUGUUUGGGGCUUUUAGGACGUUACGAAAAUGGUGUCCAAUCAUUUCAGCAGAGCAGAUCGUUUCUAUCGAAAAUUUGUGAGAAAUACGUUCUUCUCAAAAGGAUGGGGUAGUCUCGAAGCUUAUAGAGGGCUACAGAAACUGAAGAAAGAUAUUUUCAACGUCGAGAAAUUUCAAGAAAUUGUUCGCUGCGAGAGCGUGAAACUCGAUAGCGUCACGAAUAGCACGAAUGUCAAUGAUCCAUUUUCUGUCAUAAAUGGGCAUUUUGUCUCUCCUUUGACACGAUAUUACCCUGGGUUGUUACCAAAAGAAAGCGAGAUAGCUUAUUUCCAAGCCAUAAUUCCGACCAAAAGACGAAAAGAUGGCAAAAUUCCCAUGUGCAUACAUUUGGCCGGAACAGGAGAUCAUCAGUUCUGGCGAAGAAGAAAUCUUAUUGCAAAACCUUUGAUUAAGGAUCACUCAAUCGGAUCCAUUAUCCUUAUUAAUCCAUUUUAUGGACCUCGUAAACCUCAUAGUCAAACCAGGUCCAGUCUUAAUCAUGUCGUCGAUUUGCUGUUAAUGGGUUGUGCAUUGAUAGUUGAGACGUCCUUGAUGCUAAACUGGUGUGGGAAACAGGGAUAUGGUCCUCUGGCGAUCACAGGUGUAUCCAUGGGUGGUCACAUGGCUUCCCUUGCCGGGACAUUUGUUCCUACACCAAUCACUAUCAUUCCCUGUUUGGCUUGUACUACUGCAUCACCUGUUUUUACCAAGGGUGUCUUAAGCGACGCGGUUGCUUGGUCAGUCUUAGAAAGCCAAAUUGAAAAUGUUUCCUUCUUUGAAGAUCUAUGUUCCAUCUGCAGGAUGAUUGAGGCGGAUGGCUUAAAUGCUACGAAUCCUACAAUGGACACUAUUAGUUUAUCCGCUUUUUCUCACGAGCUAACGAACGUAAUGAGGAAUUCAGUUAAUUAUUUGUCAAUUACUGACAGGAGCAAAGAGUUGCUGCACGGAACUGAUGAAAAAUACCGCCGACCUCGCGACGAGUGCGAAUCGAUAUCGUUUGAAAUGCUUCUGAGAUCGUUGAAAACACAGAUAAAAGAUAACAUUAAAAACUCUUUUCCCAAUGAGGUUUUCAGCUCGUAUUUUUCGAAUGUGAAACAACCGAAGCGAUACGAUAAAGCGCGAAGCUUCAUCACGUAUCUAUUGGAUAUUACCACGCAUCUUGCGUACUACAGGAAACCCGUAGAUCCACAGAAAGCUGUGUUUGUUCAAGCUCAAUUCGACGGCUACAUUCCCUACUUGCAUUGCCCCUCACCGUUGGAACUGUGGCCAGGGUCUCGGGUCGAAUACAUCAACUGCGGUCAUAUUGGAGCCGUGUACAAACAGGACAUUUUUAGAAAGAUUAUAUCAGAUAUGCUAAGUGAUUGUCGAGAUGUAGGUUCUUAGAUUUAUUUAUGAAAAUUGAAUAUUUAUUUCGCAUUAAGAUUAAUGCACAAAAACAUUUGAUCUAUUUGAUAUACACUUCAUACGAAGUGUCGUUAGCAACCGUUGUGAGGUAUAUAGAAGGAUUUCGGGGCUAAUACCUUUGUGUUUAUCUUGGAAUCAUUUAGGGGGCAAAAGAAAUAAUCUUAAUUAAACAUUAAAUGCAUAGUAACAUAUUGGACGGAAGAAAAUAACGGCAGGCCCCGUACUUGAAAGCUAACUUCGAAUAACCUAACAGCAACAUAAUUAGAUGAAUCUCAACGAUCAAAGUUGUGCCAAAGAACGAACCCCUACGGACUUCAGAAAUUAUUCAAUUUUUAACACUGAGCAAAUUGAGAAUGCCAUUUGUCAUGAAUCGAAGCUUAAAAAAUGUGAGUCGAUUUUUCGUGAUAAAAUGAACGAGUUUCAUUGUGAAAGACGCAAUGGAAGAGAGUCAUUAAAGAAUAUGAAUCAUCAACCAUCUCGACAAGUGAUGAAAACUUGUUUCGACAAUGAUGCUGUUCGUCCAUUAAAGGCAUUCCCUCGUUCAAGAGGCACACCGAAGCUGGUAUUUCCCUUCACGAAGGACCCGAAGACUCCACUGGCAGGUUGUCCCAAAGGUUUGCUUAUAACAACUGAACGUCCAAGAUCCGGGGAGACUUACAGACACAGGAUUAAUGUUGAUGUAAUGCGAACCUUUGAUGCGGGUAUUUCCAAGGAGAAACUUGGAAAUAAUGAAAGCUCUUUACACAAGAGAAAUAUUGAACGUAAUCAGGUAAUAUAUUGUGAAAAAUGCAAUGAAUUCCUAAGCCUUAUUGCCCAAGCCGAAUCACAUUCUUAUCUACAUCACAUGACUAAUAACACCUUAUUGUUCUUACAUGUCAAUUACUACCAUCACUGAAUAACAUUCUUAUCUACAUCACGUAACUUAUAAUACCUUAUUCUUGAAAAUCAAAUACUACCACCCCUGGAAUCACGUUCUUAUUUACAUCACGUGACUUAUAAUACCUUAUUCUUGAAAAUCAAAUACUACCACCCCUGGAAUCACGUUCUUAUCUACAUCACGUGACUUAUAAUACCUUAUUCUUGAAAAUCAAAUACUACCACCACUGAAUCACGUUCUUAUCUACAUCACGUCCUUAUCGUUUCUUUACAUAAAUUAAAAACCCCACGUGACUAGGAAAGAGAUGUGCUACUGGUUGAGUUAGAAAACAUGAAAAGAGAACGGGAAGAACUAGUAGGGGAGAACGAGAGGCUACUGGAAGAAUUAGAAAAUCGCAACAAAGUCAUUGAUCAUCUUGUGGACUUCAUGAGGUCUCAUCUGCCAAAUAACAGCGAGCAAUGGAGAACCAAUCAUUCGGUGCGCGAACCUGAGGAAUUUGACAAAUUUUAGUGUACUCUAAGUAUCGUUGAAAAAUUCGUAGAUGUUCCUCUCUGUUAGUAGAUUCAUCAAUAUUGCCACAAAACCGUCGAUUAACACAUAUAACAUCACUGUAAGUUACAUUCGAAUUUCCCCUGUUACCAAUGUCACGUAUUCCAAGUGUUA